CUUUGAUAAUAAACAGAUCUAUCUUCAUUUCUUCUUCUUUUAUCUCUUCACCCCAAUUCUAUUAUUAAACAUGAUUUAAGGCAACGCUACUGCUGACGCUAAGCUCUUCAAAUCUCGUUGUUAUCAAUGCCACAUCGUUAAAGAUGGCGGUACCAAGCAAGUUCCUAACCUCCACGGUAUCUUUGGCCGCAAGACUGGUCAAGUCUCUGGUUAUCGUUACUCUGAAGUCAAUCUUCAAAAAGGUAUUAUUUGGAAUGAAAAGUUUCUCGGUAUCUACCUUAUUAACCCCAAAAAGCUCAUCCCCGGUACCAAGGUGAUCUUUGCUGGCUACAAGAAAAAAGAUCGUGCCGGUGUUAUUGCUUACUUGAAGCACUUGAAGAACUACUAAUUUUUAUAUUCUACACUCCCGUUGCUUAUUAGUGUAUUAAAGGACCUCUUUAGAAAUUAUCUCUUUUUUUUUUCUUAAUCUUUUCAUGACAAUAAAUCCAUUGACAUCUGCUACCUCAUCCCCUCCUUCUACUGAUUUUAGAAAUACAGUCAUUGAGAACCAUUGGAAUGAUCCACCUAUAAAAAUCUUUAAUAAAAACACAAUUUCAGAAACCUCCAAAGAAUGUGUUGAUGAAAAAGAAAUUGCAAACAUAAUUACAGUUACGUUAGACACAUGUAAGCUACAGCUUCAGAAUGGCCCUCAAAAGAGAAUUAUAGACGAUACGAAUCGUAGGAUAAGCGUAUUAAUUGAUCAAUUGAACAACCAACAAUUACCUCAACAUAUCGUUCAUUCACUCUUUACGUUGACACAAGCGUUACAAACAAAGAACUAUAGAAAGGCCCUUGAAGUUCACACUCAACUGAUGCUGACCGAAUAUGAUGCUCAUGGAAAUUGGAUUAUUGGCUUGAAAAGGUUAAUUGAUCUUACAUCAAGCAUUUCUGCUUGAAAAAAUAUAAAAUAUUUAGAAUGAAAAGUCUGGUUAUUCUCUUUUGUUUGACUAUUAAAGCC